GUAACAACCAAGAAAUAGUCCCAGGUAGCCUACACGUAUGUGUGGCAAAGAGAUCAACAAACAACUGUCCACAAUGUUCCAACACGAAGUAGCUAUCCAGACUCGUAUUCUUUUGUUUUCUUUGUUUACCCAACAUGUUCACAACUGACCCAAUUCAUGCAAUUACAACUCUGCCUCCCUUAGAACUCUCUCGUCCCUUCCAGUGACGAGCGAAACCAAGGCGAGGCUUGCAAUCUGGUGGUCACGAUCCCAUCGUGCAUCCAUCCUAGUGUGCUUCCAAAGCAAGAUUCAUCUCCUCAACAGUUCCCGUACCCCCAGUUCUCAGAUUUGGCUACAGGAAGGGGUGAUUUGGGGGCAGAAUCUUGUUUGCUUCCCACCCGUGGCUGUGCGUCAGAUCUCUGAAAUCUGAGGGUGUGAAGGGCGGAUUUGAGGAGCGGCGAAGUGGAGGCGGGGAUGCAGACUCGCGCCAACACUGAUUUGACAAUGGAGAAGGUGGAUUUCAAGGGGAAGACCGCGGGAAAGCUGGUCGGCGAACCCGCAGAUGCAGAGGGCAAGAUCAGGGAGAUGAUGGAGCGUCUCAAUCUCACUUCGGCAGAGGCGGACGCCCUCAUCUUGGAGGAUGAGAAUGAAGCUGAUUUGGUGAAUCUCGAAUUUGCCUUAAUUGGUAAGGUAUUAUCCCCACAUACUCUGCAUAUACAGACUAUCAUGUCGGCACUUAGACCAGCUUGGGGGAAUCCAAAAGGUCUGGAUGCAAAACCAGUGUCAAACAAUAUUUUCAUUGUUGAGUUUGCAACUAAAUCAGACAAAGAAAGAGUGAAAGAUGGUGCUCCAUGGACAGUGGGGAAACAUGCGGUGUUGCUCAAUGAAUUUGAUCCGAAGCAGAAACCCUCUGAUGUUGUUUUCAAGACCAUUGUGUUGUGGGAAAGAAUCAUGAACUCUCGUUUUGAGCUAAUGAAUAAGCACUGGGGGGAGUUACUUGGAGCGAAAAUUGGAAAAGUUGAGAAGGUGGAUGUCGACGGUCAAGGGAGGGCAUCAGGAGAUUGCUUGCGGGUAAGGGUCUCUGUGGAUAUAACAAAACCACUAAUGAGAUAUGUCACUUCCUACUCAUUGAAGCUUAAGGAUUACGAAAGGUAUGAGGUGAAAUAUGAGAGACUCCCCCAUUAUUGUUUCUCAUGUGGGAUUCUUGGCCACUCUUCUAUAGAAUGCCCAAAUCCAGGAGAAAGGGAUGCCGAGGGUAAACUCCCAUACAAUGCAGACAAAUUAUGUAUGAAGGAGGAGAAAAGAAAGAGUUCCGCGGGAUCAAAAUCUGGUCAAAGCUUGCAAUCCAGUGGUAGAAGCUCUUAUCAUGAAGAUAAUUGCUGGGAAGCACAACCAGCUCCAAAGGACAUAUCAGGCGCAAAGAAAUCAGAAUCAGAGGAGGUUCAAGAUGAGAUCAUUUCUCCAAUAAAGUUACAAGACCAAAGUAUGAAACAGAAAGUUAUACAAAAGCUUGGGAAGGUGAGCAAGGAGCUCUUUCCACUUCGGACCGAGGCUACCAAAAUAGCCAGGCAAAAGAGAAAGCAAAUUAAGGUCUACAGACCUAAAGGGCAGGGUCAGAAUCCUCAAGAGAAGCUGAUGCAAGAGACUUACAACCUUGACCUGACAGCAAGUGGACUAGACACUAAUACCUGCGAUACUAAUCUGGUUCUAGUUCCAUGUAGGUAUGAAAAUCAAGAUGAUUGCUAUAAGAAGCAGAAGAAGGAAACCAUCGCUCAUACAUCAGGAUCGGCGGAUCAGGCGGUGGCUGCAGCAGAGCAGCCCCGCCACACGCAAUGAGUUUCCUAUGUUGGAACUGUCGCGGACUAGGGACGGACGCGACAGUUGGUGAGCUGAAAUGGCUCGUUAGCAAGUUUCGUCCCUCCCUCCUCUUCUUGUCCGAGACGAAGAUGAGGGAUUCAAGAGCUCGUAAAUUCAUGUGGCAGUUGGGAUUCAAUGGUUCUUUUGCUGUGAGUAGUGAUGGCCUGAAUGGAGGCUGGUUCUGUUUUGGUCUUCAUCCAUAUCAGUCUCGCUGAAAGCUUUUUCAAAUCAGAUUAUUGACAUUUUGAUCAAAACAGAAGAGGGUGCAGAGUGGCGUACAACCUUUGUUUAUGGGGAACCAAAAAGGGAAUUAAGGCACCAUUUCUGGGACAGGCUCAGGUUCCUGAAUGCUCAAUGGAAAGGUCCAUGGAUAUGUGCAGGUGAUUUCAAUGAAGCGUUGCAUGGUGAGGAGCAUAUGGGCGUCAGGGGUAGGGAUGACAAUCAAAUGAUGAUGUUCCGAGAGUGCCUAGAUGAGUGUGGGCUAAUAGAUUUGGGGUAUAUUGGUCCUAAAUAUACAUGGUCCAAUAGGCAGGAGGAUGGGCGUAAUGUCAGGCUGAGACUUGACAGGGCAGUUGCAAAUGGUGAUUUCCUACAACUUUUUGAUGACUGCACUGUAGAGAACAUUAUUACAACAUCAUCUGAUCAUCUUGCCAUAUUAGUGAAGAUAGCAAAUAAAGGUAGACAAGGUGCUAUCAACCAUGUACUUCGAUCCUUUAAAUUCGAAGCUGCAUGGACGAGAGCACCUGAUUAUGUGCAAAUGAUCAACGAAAAUUGGGGAAAACUUAAGGAGGGCCCCCCUUCCCUGAACAAUACUUGGUCUGCUCUAAACAGAUUGUCAACAACCCUUCAAACUUGGACCAGAGAAUCUUUUGGUUCGGUAAAGAAGGAGAUAAAGAAGCUGGAAAAGAAAUUAGCUUCAUUACGAAGGAACAACAUGGCUAUUGGUUAUUCCAGAGAGGAAAAGGAAGUGGAGAAGAAACUUUAUGAGAUGUUUGAAAGAGAAGAAAUCAUGGCCAAGCAACGAUCAAUAAUUGAUUGGCUUCAUGAGGGUGAUCGAAAUACUUCUUUUUUCCAUGCACGCGCUUCUGCAAGAAGAAGAACCAACAAAAUUAAAGCCUUGAGGAGAGUUGAUGGAUCACUGUGUGAAGAUCCUGAGGGUAUCAGGAGUAUGGUACAUGACUUCUAUUCCAAUAUGUUCACCUCUGAACCCUGUGACUCUCUGGAAUUGGUCCUAGAGGCUAUACCAUGCAAGGUAACUGAGGAUAUGAAUGAAGAUCUGUGCAAGGAAUAUACUAAUGAAGAAAUUAGGACUGCAUUAUUCCAGAUGGGUCCAACCAAGGCACCAGGGCCAGAUGGUUUCCCAGCAUUAUUUUAUCAGAUUCAUUGGGAUGUUUUGGCAGAAGAUAUAUGUGCAGCAGUUAAAGGCUUCCUUUUGGGACAGGACAUUCCAGAAGGCUUCUGUGAUUCGCAAAAAGAAGCAUCUGGUCAGCUGAAGGGCAUCCGUAAUGGCAGAAAUGGACCGCCUAUUUCCCAUUUACUGUUCGCCGAUGAUAGUGUGUUCUUCACCAGGGGAGAUAAUAGAAGCACCAAUGCACUUAAAUCGGUACUGCAAAGCUACUGUGAGGGAUCAGGACAGAGGAUAAACCUUCAGAAAUCUUCUAUUUUCUUUGGUUUACACUGUGAUGUACAGAUCAAGGAUUUUGUGAAGCAAACUUUGGGGGUGUAAGAUGAGACACUGCAAACAACAUACCUUGGCAUGCCGACCUGGGUUGGACGGUCCCCAACGAGUAACUUUAAUUUCCUCCCUGGUCGGAUAUGGAAACGCCUCAAUGGGUGUAGUGAUCGACCUUUGUCAAGGGCUGGUAAGGAGGUUCUGUUGAAGUCAGUGGCUCAGGCCAUUCCAACGUAUGUCAUGAGUUGCUUCCAGAUUCCAUUAAGUAUAUGUGAGAAGAUGAGACAACCAAUAUCUAAUUUCUGGUGGGGUAUUGAAGAUGGAAAGAAAAAGUUACAUUGGAGAUCAUGGGAUUGGUUAUCAUCACCAAAGUAUGUGGGCGGAUUGGGAUUCCGAGACAUGGCCAUUUUUAAUCAAGCAAUGCUUGGAAAACAAUGUUGGAGGUUAUUGACCGAGCCAAACUCGUUGUGCGCACAAGUACUUAGAGGUCGAUAUUAUCCAAAUGGGGACUUCUGAACAGCUCAGUGCCCAAGAUCAUCAUCAUAUGUUUGGCGCAGCAUUAUGCAUGGGAAGAAGCUGAUCCGGAAAGGUAUACUAUGGAGAGUAGGUAAUGGUAAAGGAUCAUCAUCAAAACAAGAUUAUUUGGAGAAGGUGUGGAAGAGACUUUGGGCCAUUCAGUGCCCUAAUAAGAUGAAGAUCAUGCUCUGGAGAAUUGCACACAACUGCUUACCUACAUGCUCUCAACUUCAGACACGAUUGAUACCCACAAGGUAUGACUGCUAUUUUUGCAACAGAGAGGAAAAUGUUGAACAUUGUUUUCUACAAUGCCAAUAUGUAAAAGAAAUCUGGAAGGAAUUAAAAAAGAGCUAUGGAAUUUGUCUAAAACUAAAGAAUUUUACUCAUAUUAGACAAUGGCUGCUAGGAUGGAUAGUGGAAGCAACACCCUACGAAGCUAUGAUUAUGGCCGUUGUUAUGUGGCACAUUUGGGAGAACAGGAACAACUAUCGCAAUGGCGAGGCACUAGUUAAUCCUCUUCGCAUGGUGGGGAAAAUCAAAGCUUAUAUUGAAUUCAUUACAGAGUAUAAGAUCAGCCCAACAGGUUCCAACAGACGUGAGACCUUUACAUCAACCCAAAAAUGGUCUCCGCCGCCGGAAGGUUGGUUGCUGAUCAAUGUAGAUGCUGCGGUUUUCUCCCACUCAGGACGGGUUGGCUAUGGAGUUGUAGUGCGAGACCAUCGAGGGACACUUUUGUCUGCAUACCGAGGUUCCUAUAUUGAUCAUAUUCAAAACCCAGAAGUGGCUGAAGCUAUUGCUGUUCGUCAAGCGCUCAUCGCUGCUGAAGAUGCUGGUUUUAAUAAGAUUCAGGUGGUCUCCAAUUGCUUGUCGCUGAUGAACAAGGUUCGGGAUAGGAGUUUCGACAGGUCCCUUCAGGUGCCAUAGUCCAAGAUAUUAAAAGUAGGGCCACAAAGUUCUUAUCUUGUGAUUUUAUCCAUGUCAAACGUGGUUGUAAUGAGGCAGCUCAUGUACUGGCAAAAUCUGCAGAAUUUGAUGUUGGGUCCUGUUGGUCUAGCGAGCCACCUGAUCAAAUCAGGGCCAUUAUUUGUAA